GCUCCGUGUUGCCACCACGCCAUGGCCAGACACACCCACGCCGCCGCGCUGCUGCUCGCGCUGCUCACCCUCGCUGGUGCAGCAGCCCCCCCGCGCAAACAGAGGCCCGGCGCGGCCGCCCCCGCGGCCACCCCGGCCCCCGCCGGCGACGAUGCCGACGGCGACCUGACCGACGAGUGCCCCGAGCCCAACGGCUACUUCGCCGACGCGUACCAGUGCGACAAGUACUACGAGUGCAAGAACGGCAAGAUCACCGAGAAGCUCUGCCCCGACGGCAUGGUCUUCAACGACUACAGCUCAGAGUACGAGAAGUGCGACCUGCCCUUCAACAUUGACUGCUCCAAGCGGCCCGAGAAACAAACGCCAAAGCCCAGCCUGCACUGCGAGCGGCAGAACGGCUACUUCGCCCACGAGGAGGCCAACGUGUGCGACAAGUUCUACUUCUGCGUGGACGGCAAGUCCAACAUGAUCACCUGCCCCAGCGGGCUGGUCUACAGCGAGGCGACGGGCACCUGCACCUGGCCCGACGAAGCCAAAAAGAAGGGCUGCUCCUCUCAAGAGGUGCUCAAGUUCACGUGCCCCAACGUGACCGACGAGGUGGGCGUCACACACCCCCGCUACGCCGACCCGGAGGACUGCCAGUACUUCUACGUGUGCGUCAACGGCAAGACGCCCAGGCGGUCGGGCUGCAAGCGCGGCCAGGUCUUCAGCGAGUCGUCCAAGACGUGCGACUGGCCGCGCAAGGUGCCGGAGUGCAAGGACUGGUACAAGGGCGUGCUCACGGACCAGGAGCUGGAGGAGCUCGAGAACCCCAAGCCCAAGAAGCGCGACCCGGCCGCGACGGCGGCGCGCCACGGCUCCAAGGGCACGCGGUCCAGGCCCAAGACCACCGCCGCGCCCAAGCCCGCCGCGGAGGAGGACGACGAGGAGCAGUGAGCGAUAGGCUCGGGGGGAGGCGAGAAGAGAACCAACUGUGAUGACAGAGAGCCGGCUGUAAAGAAAAUAGCAACGAGGACUGAACAGCGCGGCGGCCCCGCCGUGUUGCGGCCGAGCAAUCAUUUUCUAGUCCGAUUGGUUUCACGACACUUGGGGUUCAGUCGCAACAGUAACGACUGCCCUACUCAUGUUCCUCGGGAGGGUUACGCGGGUGCGCGCUCCGGCAGGGGUGGUGGACACCCGCAAACAGUGGCGGUAUGCGAGAAAAAUUUCAUCUCGGCAGAGCGACGACGAGUUUGCAGCCUAGACUCACCUCAGAAAGCGCGAGACUUGCCAGCGGUGGAGCGACGCCCCUGGUUCCAUCCUCCCGUUGCACGGUUGAUCAGGCAAUCGAUCGCUGCACACCCAAUCCGCGUCAGAUGUCCACUCUCGGAGGUUUGAUGUGGUUUGCGAGAGGCCGAUGACGGGCCUGCCAUUUUGCACACAGAGCAGAAAAUAAGACUUUCAGAAAACAAUAUGGGAUUUCAUGGAUGAUGCAUUAUUACACUACCGGGUCAUUAUUCGUCUCAAGAAAAACAGAUCACGCAAUAAUGUGUCAAGUGAUUGCUAUCUGAUAUUAGCAAUCUCGAUUAAGCAUAAAACUCGCAAUUUAGUUUGUAAAGAAUCAUUGUAAAAAGCCUCAAUCUGAAUGCUGCACUUGUUAUUGAAAGGAAAACUGCCUUCAGAGGGUUUUAACUCAUGUUAUGCCCACAGACAUUGUGUAGUCAAACCAUCUGCACUGCUCCCUGGGAACGUUUGUUAUAAAAUGACUGAGAGAAAUCGCCACGGCUACGAUUAUGAGGCCAAUUUUGUUAAAAUGAUACAAAUAAAUUAUUUUUCGAUACGUUUAAAAAA